AUGUCCAUGACGCCAACGUUCAACCCAGGCACUGAAACCUUGGCCAAAGACGUUGUGCUAGUAAGAAAGUUCAUGGCUGCCAAUGGGUCUCUGCUCAGCCGAGGCGAUAUCGUGAUGCUCCGGCUGCCGCUGAACCCGGAAAAACUCCUCACUAAGAGAAUCGUUGGGGUCCAGGGAGACACUAUUAUUCCGAGGGCGGAAUACCCCAGACAGAAGCCUACCGUGGUGCCUAGAAACCACUUGUGGGUGGAGGGAGACAAUGCGUUUCACUCCAUAGACUCUAAUACUUUUGGUCCUGUGAGCCUGGGGCUUGUGGUGGGGAAGGUGGUGCUGGUGUUGUGGCCAUUGAGCCGAUGGGGUGUUGACUUGAGCAAAGGCGGAAGAAACGCCCUCACGAAGGUCGAGGAAACCAAUGAUUAA